AUGUCUACAGAUGAACCACCCACAGUCAUUGAAGAUCACGACCUCAACUGUUUGGAAUCAAUUGUUCUGAAUGACAGAGAUAUCAAAAAUAUUACGUCUGUCGCCCAUGUGUUGGCUAUGGUUGAGGGAACGCAUGUGACAUACAAACACAUGGAAUUCGCCGCGAAAUCGAAUGACAAACGGAAAGCUUGUACACAUAGAGCGGGAACUUAA